GGCCGGGCCGGGGGCGGCAGCAGCAGCCUGGGCAGCGCCUCUCUGCGGGUGCGGCGCCGGGUCCCUCCGUGCCUGGCCGCGCUGCGGGAAGCAGGCCGGGCGCCGGCUGGGGGCGGGUCGGUGCUGGGCGCUUCCCGGGUUAGGAAACUCCCGGCACGUGGUGAGGCGAGGCGGGGCCGGGCCGGGCGCUGGCCGCUGUCCCGCCGCCGCUUCGCCGCAGCGCCCGCUCCGGGCCGCCCCCCCCGCGCUCGGGUCCCAGCGGCGCCGUCGCCUCCUGCCCGGCUGUGAGAUGCAGGAUGGUUUGAGGCCACUUCAAAAAUAUGGCCCUAUAAAAUGAAAUAAAAAUAGGGUUUCUAGAUGAGUAAAGGCUUAUUGGUCAAGUUCUGACUUGAUAGAUAUUUUUAGGAUGUCCGAAGAUGAAGAAAAAGUUAAUAUUCGUCGUCUUGAACCUGCCAUCCAAAAAUUCAUUAAAGUGGCAAUUCCAACAGAUCUCGAAAGGUUGAGAAAGCACCAAAUUAAUAUUAAGAAGUAUCAGAGAUGCAGACUGUGGGACAGAUUACAUGAAGAGCACAUCAAUGCAGGACGUACUGUUCAGCAACUGCGAGCCAAUAUCCGAGAGAUGGAGAAACUGUGUUUGCGGGUCCGACUGGAAGAUAAACAAAUUCUUCAAAGAAUGAUAAAUCCAGCUAAAGAGGAAGCUUCAUUUUCCAUAAAAGAAUUUCUACAACUCCAUUCAGAAUCUGCAGAAGAACUUAAAAGACAGUUUAAUGAACAGGAGGACACCUCUUUAAAGUCUUCUCUAAUCAGAUCUGCGACUGUAGGAGGAGAGCCUUUGUAUAACACUGGAGCCGUGGACACUUCUCAGAGUUUUAUUCAGGUGUACUCCCCACUCCCUGAAAUUCCUCAGGAUGAAAAUGCUGCUGAAUCAUGGGAAACUUUAGAAGAGGACUUGAUUCAACUCAGCCAGCUGGUGACUGACUUCUCUUUACUAGUCAAUUCUCAGCAGGAGAAGAUUGACAGGAUUGAAGACCAUGUCAACAGUGCUACUGUGAAUGUUGAAGAGGGAACCAAAAACUUGGGGAAGGCUGCAAAAUAUAAGCUGGCAGCUUUGCCUGUGGCAGGUGCACUCAUUGGUGGAGUGGUGGGGGGUCCUAUUGGUCUCCUUGCAGGCUUCAAAGUGGCAGGAAUUGCAGCUGCACUUGGUGGUGGGGUAUUGGGCUUCACAGGUGGAAAAUUGAUACAGAGAAGAAAACAGAAAAUGAUUGAGGAGCUCUCUUCCAGCUGUCCAGACCUCCCUAGCCAAAGUGACAAACAAUCCAGCUGAAGUAAGAUUUCAGUAGGACUAGGACUAGGACUGGAAGUAAUAGUCCCAGUGAUGACGACAGACAUGCAGUCUUCACUUUGAACAUAAGUCUGUCAUGAAUUUUGACAACUGUGUUGCUGUUUGGGAGGGGUGAAGUGGGAGGUGAGAUGCGUAUUGUCAGUCCUGUAAUUUUGAAAGCCGUAAAGAAUACAUUUUCAUCAUAAAGAAAACUGCAGCCCUAAUGAAUCAUGGGGUUGUGUGCCAAAUUCACCCCUUAUUUUGUAUGAUGCUACUGGAGUGGAUUUACUUGAGAAUCCAGAACACGUUAUGAAAGGCUUUGAAGCAUUCUUACCAGAAAACCUGAGGGGCCCUAAGGUUUGGAGCACUUUUUAUUAAGUGAUUUCAAAGAUCAGUACACUAUUAGUAUUCCUCUCUGUCUUUUAAACUUCACAGUUUGGUUCUGAUCAAAUGUUAAAAAUGACCUGGUUUUACUCUUCAUUUGUUUGUAUGCCCAAGCCCCCAUACAGUCUGGUGUGACUGUCUUUCCUCUCCUCAACAGAUGCACAGACUGGCAAUGGGGCAUGAGGGUUAAGAUUAAAUCACAUUGUUUCAGCUGUGGUGAAAGCAUAACUAAACACUUGCUUGCAUUAUCAAACUCUACCAAAGUAGUGGUGCUGCUCCCCUCCCUUUCUAGAGCACUAAAUUCACUCUGCUCUUUUUAAAGAAAUGUCAUUUUUUCUAUCUUUCUUUUGUAUCCAUGUCUUCAAAAUCUAGCUGGUUUUCUUUUUCAAAUCCAGGCCCUUCUUUCCCUCUUCAAACAGUCCCCCCCCCCCCCCCAAAAAAAAUCCCAGGGGAUUGCUUGUGCUAGGAGAGGUAGCAUUCCUUGAUUGUUCUCCUCCCAGCCUGUCUUUGAAAGCUGCUUUGUGGGCUUAACCCCCGCCUGUUUAAGAAGCACUUGCUCAGGUGCUCUUCUCCCUUUUUCCUCCAUGUCUUGUUCACAGCCUGCCUCCAUCAAAACAGUGGUGGGACAGGACAGAAGAUCAUUCAGCAAAGACACUGGUUGCUGUUUAUAGCAAUGUCAACUCCUCAGUCCUUUAUUCCCAUUCCACCUAUUCAGCAAGGAUGUAGUGGAGAUUUAGUGUCACUUUGUGACCUACAACCGUCACAUCUGGAAGACAAAGGACUGUGAAGCUGACAGUCCUGGUGAACCUCACCAGUAACUUGUCAGGUGGUGCCACCAUUAGGUGAUCUGAUCAGUUUCAGUAAUGUUGAUGUAGUUCAGAUGUGGUGGGUUCACCUAGUGCUUAUGUAUGGGCUGGUCAGGUAUGCUUCUUGCUCUCUCCUGCCACACAGCUGUUUAGUUCUUUCCUCAGUUUCCACUGGAUCACUUCUGCUAGGCUGUAUUCUUUAUUCUUAGUAGAUUUUUAGCUCAGCAUAACAUUUCUCCAGGACUCAAGAUUUGCUGGUGUUCUCUGUAGCAUUCUUGCUCACAGCUGCCAGUAUGGGUAGUUAGCUCUUUUCCUAGCCUGUGCUAGUCUUCCUCUGGAGAUCUGCUGUUCAUUUAUCCCGUUUGCUUGAUUUUCACUUGGAGCACUAUUCCCUCUCUGCACCUCCCCUCUUUAAAUAUAUGGGUUUUAACAAGUUUUAAAUUUCACCCAACCCUGGAUAGUCUAUCGUGGCAAUCCAUGUCUGCCAUCCCCAUUCCAGCACUGCUGUUCAGUGCCUUGAGGGAAAACACAGGCUAUGCCAUUGCUUCUUUAAGAUCUCAAGUGGUCUCAUCUUCCCAGAGACCUGCUUGACUGUACAAAAUAAACCUCUAAAAAAAGAUGGUUGCUUAAGUGGAGUUUUAUUACACAAUGUUGUUCGGUGCACCAUAGCCCAGCAGGGAAUUGCCACUGCAUCACAUUUAACAACAACAAAAAUGGAGCACCACUGCAACCCAGGAUUUGGCACAGUCUGUGGAAAUAAUUGUCUUCUAAUGGUGGGAUUAUGGGUUUUGGUGCCUAAAUAUUGUAAGCAACUGUUCGUCUGAGCACAAGUUUCUUGUAUAGGGUAUUUCUUUCUUAAUUACAUAAUUUAUUAAUUACCUGUAAAAUAAAAAUGUGAAUCCAAA